AAAAGGUAAAGAGGAAGUUCAUUUAUAGCAACUCCAAAAUAAAAAUAUACACACUAGCCUUUCUCUUCUCCACUUGAGUCUCACUCACUUACCCCUCUAUAUAUAAACACGUUUUGCAUCAAAACACAUCAUCACUUUUUAAUGAAGAUGGGUUGUUAUUUAUUAUCCACUUUGCUUUUACUAUCUUUCGUUGCCUUUGCUUGUUUCUCUAGUGCAGAAAUCUCAUAUCAGGUUGGAAUAUGCUACGGACAACUUGGGAACAACCUCCCUGUACCAACAAAAUCAGUUGACUUAAUCAAAGGUCUCAAAGCCAAAAGAGUCAAGAUCUAUGACGCAAAUCCAGAAAUACUUAAAGCUCUUGAAGGCACCGACCUUCAAGUUUCAGUCAUGGUCCCAAAUGAGCUCAUUAACAACAUCUCUACGAAUCAAACCUUAGCCGACCAAUGGGUCAAAACCAAUGUCGUGCCUUUUUAUCCACAAACCAUGAUCCGUUACCUCCUUGUUGGAAACGAAAUCCUCAGUAACCCACCCAACACCACUUGGUUCAACCUUGUACCUGCCAUUCGCAAAAUUAGAUACUCUGUCAAAAAAUUUGGUCUUGGGAAAAUCAAAGUCGGCACCCCAUUAGCCAUUGACGUGCUUGAAUCCUCUUUCCCACCUUCUAAUGGUACCUUUAGGUCUGACGUUUCGGAAAAAGUCAUGAAACCCUUGUUAAAAUUUUUGAAUCGAACCAAAUCUUUCUUUUUCUUUGAUGUUUAUCCUUAUUUUGCCUGGGCAGCUCAACCCACAGUAAUUGACCUCGACUAUGCCUUGUUAGAGUCCAAGAACAUUACUGUUACGGAUCAAGGUUCGGGUUUAACUUAUACAAAUUUAUUGGAUCAAAUGAUUGAUGCAGUGUAUUUUGCUAUGAAGAGAGUUGGGUACCCGGAUGUACCUUUGUUUAUUGCAGAAACGGGUUGGCCCAAUGCCGGGGGCGUGGACCAAAUCGGAGCAAACAUCUACAAUGCAGCAACGUACAACCGCAAUGUGGUCAAGAAAUUUACGGCUAAGCCACCUGUUGGAACGCCAGCAAAACCAGGAGUUGUUGUGCCGACAUUAUUAUUUGCUUUGUAUAACGAGAAUCAGAAACCGGGUCCGGGUACGGAGAGGCAUUUCGGGUUAUUGUACCCGAACGGAACCAAUGUAUACGGGAUAGACUUGUCCGGAAAGACCCCAGAAUCUGAUUACAAGCCGUUGCCGAGGCCGAGGAACAAUGAGCCGUACAAGGGGAAAAUUUGGUGUGUUGUUGGGAGAAAAGCAAAUGCAAAGGAGUUGGUUGGAGCAUUGACAUUUGCGUGCGGGCAGGGUAAUCGGACCUGUGAUGAGAUCCGACCCGGUGGGAAAUGCUACAAACCGAAUUCUUUAGUCUUACAUGCCAAUUACGCAUUCAGUUCUUAUUGGGCUCAGUUUAAGUCAUCUGGAGGAACUUGUUACUUCAAUGGGCUUGCCAUUCCCACCAAAAGAAAUCCAAGCUACGGAUCUUGCAAGUUUCCAAGCGUCACACUUUAAAGAUGAGUCCAACGGGAAGCUACGCUGGCAACAUUCGGAUUUGGGAUGAGACAAAGCCACGCCUUCUUUUCUAUACGUUAGAAUAAAGUAACACAAAAUUGAAUCGUCUACUGUGAACUCAGCAAAUUGUUGUUGUUUUAUUCUUCUUAUAUUAUUAUUAUUUCAUUACUCCUACUACAUUUGUAUUAUGCCGAAUAGAAGAAAGAAAUCUAACCUAUCUAGAACAAUGUUCAUUUUUUUAA